AUGGCUACAUCCACCGACUCAUUUUACCUGGGGUUUGAUUUCAGCACUCAACAAGUAGGUUCAGAUUAUAAUGCACGCUUUACGUCGUUGUGUUUGCAAUCUUGCCUAUACGCACGCGCGUAGACUUUGUGUAACACGGAAGAAGAGAUAAAACGAUGAAUCAGAGGCUACAAUUGAAGGCUCAUCUGGAACAUUUGACAUAGCAUAGGCCUACGGGUAGAUAGCCUUUCAAAUAACCCAUGUGUACCAUACUAUAUAAGCAAUAUUAUAAGAAGAUUUAGUGGUUCUGGCAUUCAUUCAUAAAUGAAAUACGCGUGACAUGUUUUCUCCUUUCAUUCCACUGGACUUCGGACUUAGCCUAGACAAACAUUGAAUUGCUUAUUUCAUAACAUUUAGCCAUUCUUCCUACUACAUCAGCUGCAAAGCAGCCACUUCUGUUGCCGUUCCUGACUCAACCCAUUUCCCCAAUGUUGUGUUCAGCUGAAGGUGGUUGCUGUUGAUGGGAACCUCAAUGUUGUCCACCAGGACAAUGUGCAGUUUGACAGUGAACUGCCAGAAUUCGGGUAACAACACAAAAUAAAAAAAUACACUCCAUAAUGUGUAGGAUGAUAAUUGUGUUGCCAACUGAUAAAUAGCUAUGUCCUACCGACUAUAGCAGCACAAUUCAAAGGCUGGUAAAUCCUACACCCUUGAUAGUAGGCUAGGCUACACAGUUUGGAAUUAGUCCAUGAAACUGACUUCUAUCUUUUCAUAUCUCCCCAGGACUCAGGGAGGGGUCCAUAUCCAUGCAGACAGGCUGACUGUCACUUCUCCUGUGCUCAUGUGGGUGAAGGUAGUCCACCAUGAAUACUUCACUACCUAUUAGUGCACUGCACAGUGAAUACUUCACUAGUAGCUCAGUAAUAGUACUAGUAGCUCAGUGGUCUGCUCACUCUCAAACCAUUACAUAGCUGAAGUCCAUAAGCUGUUAUUCCGUUGAGUUCAAAGGUAGGGCCUACAGCAAUAACAUCCCCAAAAGUGUUGUAACAAAUGCAUUACACUGCAUGAAACUGUAAGGUUGAUUAAACAAAUAUUAUUAAACUGCAGAUAAUUCUAAUUUUGGGAAGAUAUCGCUCUUUGUAACUACCUCCUCACUAAUAUCUUCAGCAGAAAAACGCAACGCUUUGAAUCAAAAGUCACCAAGAUCAGAUUCAAGAGCAAUCUAUGUGUAAUAGGGAUGCCAUUGGCAGAGUUGAGCGUGUUUUAGUCCUGUGUUUUUUAACUGAGCAAUUCCAUGGUGAUUUCCCAGGCACUUGACCUGAUCCUUGGCAAGAUGAAAAAUGCAGGCUUUGACUUCUCGCGUGUGAAAGCCCUAUCUGGGAGUGGCCAGGUGUGUGGACUAUUACUAGGACUCUAUUAUAGUGCUCCAUUGUGUAUUUUGAAUACAGUCAGGCAUCACAUGUAUUUCAUCAUUGUCCUGUUUUUACAGCAACAUGGCAGUGUGUAUUGGAGGAAAGGGACCAACCAAGUUCUCAGGGAUCUCCAUCCAGGAAAAACUUUGCACGAACUUCUGAAGGUAAGUGGUCCCAUACAUGGCAGUAGCAGGGAGAGAUUCUAGACUCUCUGGUUGUCCUUUCUGUCUAUCACUACAGCAGAGUAGAGUGCAUGUUUGCUAGUGACAUGCCAGAUAAAACAAUUAUCUCCAAUUUUUGACAGUCAACUUCAUCGUCCCAUAAAAUGGCAUUUAAUUUUGCACAUACAGUUCAGUAUCAGCAACAAAAACAAAUGACAUGCACCACUUGAUUUGAAAUACAGUGCCCUGUUUUUCUCAGAGUAUUGCUGUUGGCAAAUGUCAAAUAGGCGGUGUGUCCGCCUGGUUGAAAGUUAAUACAUGACCUUCCUUGUGUGGGUGAGAAGAAGAAAAAAAACCAUUUGCCACAGCCUUUGAUACAUUGCAGGCAUAGCCAACCCUAUAGCCCAAUGUUUGUUCAUUAAUCCAACAGUACAAUCAAACCCUGAGGAUUAUUCAGUCAUUACUAACCCGAAGGGCCUCCUUUUUACCUCAGUGAGUUUGCAAGUCUAAAAUGACCAUGAGAAGGCAUUUCUAUUAACAUUUUGUCUCAAAGCUGGUAGUCUCCUCCAAAGUUGUUCUUGUCUUUGAAUGCCUUGAUAUGUAUUUUUGGGGAAUUACAGUAGUUAGUUGAUUAGUAGUUGUUUUGAUUCAUUCAAACACUUUGUUUAUUGAAUAAAAUGUAGUUGUGCAUGUUCCACCUCUAUUAAGUAAUUCCAUGGGUUGCAAUAAAUAAGCUAGUUUCUUGUCAUCUGAUUUCUCAGUUGGUAUAUUGAUACUUUAUGUCUGUACUUUAUUUUGUGUCAACAGGGUGGUUUUGCUGUGUCAGAUAGUCCAGUAUGGAUGGACUCCAGCACUACAGAGCAGUGUCAGUACCUGGAGACAGCAGUAGGUGGCGCUCAGCGAGUUGCAGACAUCACAGGCUCCCGGGCCUAUGAGGUGAGGAAGACUCAGUUUCCUUGACUGGAUGGAUUUUUUUUUUUUUUUUAUUUUUUUUUUUUUUUUAGUCAUUUAGCAGACGCUCUUAUCCAGAGCGACUUACAGGAGCAAUUAGGGUUAAGUGCCUUGCUCAAGGGCACAUCGACAGAUUUUUCACCUAGUUGGCUCGGGGAUUAGAACCAUGGCACAAUUGGAUUGACACUUAUUUUACUCAUUGUUUACAAGUAACUUCAAUCAUACAUGUCUCCAAGUGAUAUGGACACAGUUAACACCUCUACACGUAUGUGGGGGAUGCAAUAUUUACUAAAGGCACUGACCUCUUUUUAUCUAUUCUAUAACAUUACCUUUCAGCGUUUCACUGGAAAUCAGAUUGCCAAGAUUUACAAGGCCAAACCAGAGAAGUACGAGGACACAGAGGUGAGGUGACAUGCCCAUUUUACUUGUCUGCUAUCACCAUUCCCCAUUGUCAUGUUAAAUCCAAUGAUUUAUGUACAGUACCAGUCAAAAGUUUAGACACACCUAAUCAUUCAAGGGUUUUUCUUAAUUUUUACUAUUUUUUUUUACAUUGUAGAAUAAUAGGGAAGACAUCAAAACUAUGAAAUAACACAUAUGGAAUCAUGUAGUAACCAGAAAAGUGUUAAACAAAUCAAAAUAUAUUUUUUAUUUCAGAUUCUUCAAAUAGCCACCAUUUGCCUCUUGGCAUUCUUUCAACCAGCUCCACCUGGAAUGCUUUUCCAACAGUCUUGAAGGAGUUCCCACAUAUGCUGAGCACUUGUUGGCUGCUUUUCCUUCACUCUGCCGUCCGGCUAAUCCCAAACCAUCUCAAUUGGGUUGAGGUCUGGGGAUUGUGGAGGCCAGGUCAUCUCAGGUCAUCUGAUGCAGCCCUCCAUCACUCUCCUUCUUGGUCAAAUAGCCCUUACACAGCCUGGAGGUGUGUUGGGUCAUUGUCCUGUUGAAAAACAAAUUAUAGUCCAGAUGGGAUGGCGUAUCGCUGCAGAAUGCUGUGGUAGCCAUGCUGGUUAAGUGUGCCUUGAAUUCUAAAUAAAUCACAGACAGUGUCACCAGCAAAGCACCCCCACACCAUAAUACCUCCUCCUCCAUGCUUUACGGUGGGAACUACACAUGCGGAGAUCAUCCGUUCACCCACAACGCGUCUCACAAAGACACCGCAGUUUGAACCAAAAAUCUCCACUGGUCUAAUUUCCACUGGUCUAAUGUCCAUUGCUCGUGUUUCUUGGCCCAAGCAGGUCUCUUCUUCUUAUUGGUGUCCUUUAGUAGUGGUUUCUUUGCAGCAAUUCAACCAUGAAGGCCUGAUUCACACAGUCCCCUCUGAACAGUUGAUGUUGAGAUGUGUCUGUUACUUGAACUCUGCAUUUAUUUGGGCUGCAAUUUCUGAGGCUGGUAACUCUAAUGAACUUAUCCUCUGCAGCAGAGGUAACUCUGGGUCUUCCAUUCCUGUGGUGGUCUUCAUGAGAGCCAGUUUCAUCAUAGAGCUUGAUGGUUUUUGCGACUGCACUUGAAGAAACUUUAAAAGUUCAUGAAAUUUUCCGGAUUGACUGACCUUCAUGUCUUAAAGUAAUGAUGGACUGUCGUUUCUCUUUGCUUAUUUGAGCUAUUCUUGCCAUAAUAUGGACUUGGUCUUUUACCAAAUAGGGCUAUCUUCUGUAUAUCACCCCUACCUUGUCACAACACAACUGAUUGGAUCAAACGCAUUAAGAAGGAAAUAAAUUCCACACCUGUUAAUUGAAAUGCAUUCCAGGUGACUACCUCAUGAAGCUGGUUGAGAGAAUGCCAAGAGUGUGCAAAGCUGUCAUCAAGGCAAAGGGUGGCUAUUUGAAGAAUCUCAAAUAUAAAAUAUAUUUUGAUUUGUUUAACAUUUUUUUUGGUUACUACAUGAUUCCAUAUGUGUUAUUUCAUAGUUUGAUGUCUUCACUAUUAUUCUACAAUGUAAAAAAUAGUACAAAUAAAGAAAAACCCUUGAAUGAGUAGGUGUGUCCAAACUUUUGACUGGUAGCGUACAUCAUUGGUUAAACUACUCUAGGUUGCAUAUCUGUAUGAAUUCAAUAAAUUAAGGUGAAUAGAGCUCUAAAAAUGGCAGAUAAAUUCUGCCCUCUUUGUGGAACAUACUCUGUGUUGUUUUAGUAGGAAAGAUCAAUAUGAUUUUAGAUGGAGUGUCACUAGUUCUGUAAAUGUCUGAAAUAUUUCCCCCCCUUCUUUUUUCGCUAUUCAUUUCAGAGAAUCUCAUUGGUCAGUAGCUUUGCUGCCUCUCUCUUCCUGGGCAACUAUGCAGCUAUUGAUUACAGUGACGGUAAGGUGCUAUUACUGAUGAUAAUGGUUAAUGAUGAUGUGUUAUCGGUAGCACUUUAUUGUAUGGUACAGAAAUUACUACACAAGAGUAAUCUAUGCUGAACUUUUUUGUUUCUCUUUGGGAUUUAUUAAAACAAACAUGAGUACUGUAGGUACAAUUUGUUAUCAGUUUAGUUACCACUUAGUACAAUAAUGUACCUAUUGGUAGCACAUAAUUUCAUAGUAAAUACCAGUGCAAAAAUUACCGUAAAAUAAAGUUAUUUAUAAUAUAACAUUUAAUUACAACUGUUAUGGGACAAAUACCUUGGGAGUGAAGAUCCUCCUUAAAUCCUUAAAAAGUUCACUGUUUCAGACCAUAUUACUUUACCCCAGCAUGCUUGAAACAUCACCUACUAUGGGAACACAACGGGUUAACUCUCCAAGUUGGCUUGAACUUAUCUUUGAUGUUUACUUCAUUACAAUGUUUUUACCUGGCAGAACCGUUCUUUUAAGGUCUGCUGGAUAACAAUCAUCAUUGUGUUUGUGCAAUAGGGUUGCCAAGGGAUUUUUCUCCAUAUGUUAUCAGUAGCACUGAAACCAUGUUGACAUUGUAAUCAAGUCGUGUAGUCAGUUUUUUGCCUGUUUUUCGUUACAAUAUACAGAAGGGCAAGAUGAGGGAAAUGUCUUGUUUAUCAUACAGGAAGAUUACAGUAGUUGUGGCAAUUUGCGCAUGACAUUCUAGUCUAUCUGUCCCUGCUCGAUGAGCACAGAAACUUGUGCAAGGCAGAGUGUAUUUAAUAUUCCUACACAAUGAUAUCUGGCAUAUACAUAGGAGAAGUAUACCACAGUGCUGUGAUAACAUACAUUACAGUUUAUGAAUAACAUAAAUUCAUAUUCAGAUUAGUGAGAUUGGACUUGGUUAAUAAAAACAUUUAUAAUAAGACAAUUAAAAUGUUUAUAAAUAUAUAGAAAUAAUGAAAUACUUGCCAAGAUGUAUUAAUUAUUUUUAAUGAAUGUCAUUAUUAAGGGUUACCCAAACAUUUGGUACACUCGGUUCCGUGAUCCGCAUUCUAAUAAAAUUGUCCUGCAUUGAUGUGCACUGUAUAUUCUAUUAUUCUAUGUUCUUUGGAAAUGCUUGAUCAGUCGUUCUGAUUCGUGACAUGUCCAUUCUUCUCCUUUAUUAAGGUUCAGGGAUGAAUUUGAUGGACAUAUUCAGCAAACAGUGGGCGGACUCCUGUCUGGAGGCUACUGCUCCUCACCUGGAGGAGAGGCUGGGAGCCCCUGUGCCAUCUUCAGCUGUCUUGGUGAGAUACUCCUAUAUACAGUAUCAUGGUUCUUUUUUUGUGUCUAUUCUCCUGGUUGGGCAACUGAUAAGGAAUGCAAAUCAACUUUUGACUUUUGAAUGGGCUGUGAUUUCAUCUCACAUGGAAGGUUGUUUUACAUUUUCAUUGUAAAAUAAGUCAGUUUUUAGUGAAUUCUUCAGUUGCAAGUCCUUGGGUCAGGUCAUGUAGGCUACAAAAUAUGCAUCAUAUCACCUCAUAUUCAAAUGUUUGUAUUUGAAGAGUUUUAGGCCAGCCUGAGGUCUCUGGCAAUAAUUGGAUAAAGAACUGGGGCCAUCAAGGCUUUCGUUCCCAGCUCCACAUGUGUGUCUUUAGAUCCUAGUAACACUUAAACUGCCGGGCCUCACUACCCCCUGUACUACGCCAAUGAACAGCCAUUUUGACUGCAACAUUCUAACAGUCUUAACAGUUGAGUGGCGCAGGGGUCUAAGGCACUGCAUCGCAGUGCUAGCUGUGCCAAUAGAGAUCCUGGUUCGAGUCCAGGCUCUGUGGCAGCUGGCUGCGACCGGGAGACCCAUGGGCGGCGCACAAUUGGUCCAGCAUCUUCCAAGGUAGGGGAGGGUUUGGCCGGCAGGGAUGUGGGUUCGUUUCCCACGGGGGUCCAGUAUGAAAAAUAAAAAUAAAAAUACAUGUAUGCAUUCACUAACUGUAAGUCGCUCUGGAUAAGAGCGUCUGCUAAAUUACUAAAAUGUCAAAUAUGCUAUCGGAAAAAGUAUCCUUUGGUUGUGUUUAUGAAGGUCUUGUGUAACAUUAGAAUACAGAUUUUUUUUAGAUCAAAGAACAAAAGCAUUUUCAUUAGUUUAUGUUACUGUAGGCGUUCUGCUACUGCGUGCUCACGUGUGGCGCGCACAGGAACAGCAGUUAUUCUUGGGGAAAUAGAUAUUUGGAAAUAGAGCUAAUCUCUUCAAUUUUUUUAGUUAUUUGGCAAAGGAAAGUGUUUUGGAAACCUCAGAAUCUGCUCUUUUUGAUACUAUAUCGAAAUCAAAACAUCUUACCUGCAUGUGACUCUGUUGGAGUAUUUGAAAAAGUAACUUAUUUUGCGCUCCCUGAAAAAAAUUAAAUGUCCUCUUAAAACUGCUUAUAACUAAUUAUGUUCAUGAUAUAAUGGCAGCCAUAUUGGUCAGGGAGAAAUCCAAAUCAGUCUAAUUGGAAUGAAUGCCAGUAGAGAUAUUAUCCUGAUUUUACUUAUUCAAUAAAAUACAAGUAAGGCAUGUGAUGUAUAGCUCUGGAUAAGAGUGUCUGCUAAAUGACGUAAAUGUAUCAGAAAUUGUGUAAUAUAAUUAUUGUCAACCUAAAAUAUUGUCAUAUAAUUAUAAAUACAGUUUAUACGGGUUUUAUACAAAUGUUCUGUAUAUAUAGCCUUAAAAUAUAUGUAAACAGACCAUAAAUGUUUCAAUUAAAAUGUUUGGGAAAGUUGUGAGUACUAUUAUAUGAUACAAUAUCAGUACUUGUUGCAUUUACAACUUGUCUAAGUCCUAUCAUCAACUGAUUUUAGCCAGUGUGUGGCUGUGGAUUGACUGCAUUGUUUGAAUGGAAUGUUGGCAUAUUGGCAUUUAAUUUGAACAAUUAAUAGAAUAAUUGCUCUAAAACUGGUUGCUAGCUAGCUAACAAACAUAGAUGUGGUAAAGAGGUCAAUCCAACUCGACCAAAACAAUGGAAUUGCCAUGGAAACGUAUGGGGGAUAGGGCCAUGGGGGAAAGAUCCCGAGUCUCCUCAUUGCCAUCCAGCAAAAUGUUCCCACAUUUAGACUAUUGUUUAUAUGUGUAUUUCAUGUUGAGGUAAGAAUCGGAGUAUAAUGCUUGUAUGGAUGUCAACCCCAACACAUUUUCAUGUCAUCAUUACCAAUCAACUGCAUUACUUCUUCAAAACUUGAAAAGGGACAUUUUCUACGUUAGGCAGCAAAAACAGCCAAAUAUAUCCAAAUCGGACUUACAGUGCCUUGCAAAAGUAUUCAUACCCCUUGGUGUUUUUCCUAUUUUGUUGCAUUACAACCUGUAAUUUAAAUGGAGUUUUAUUUGGAUUACAUGUAAUGGACAUACAGAAAAUAGUCAAAAUUGGUGAAGUGACAUUAAAAAAAUAACUUGCAUAUGUAUUUCACCCCCUUUUCUAUGAAGCCCCUAAAUAAGAUCUGGUGCAACCAAUUACCUUCAGAAGUCACAUAAUUAGUUAAAUAAAGUCCACCUGUGUGCAAUCUAAGUGUCACAUGAUCUGUCACAUGAUCUCAGUAUAUAUACACCUGUUAUGAAAGGCCCCAGAGUCUGCAACACCACUAAGGAAGCGGCACCAUGAAGACCAAGGAGCUCUCCAAACAGGUCAGGGACAAAGUUGUGGAGAAGUACAGAUCAGGGUUGGGUUAUAAAAAAAUAUCUGAAACUUUGAACAUCCUUACGGAGCACCAUUAAAUCCAUUAUUAAAAAAUGGAAAGAAUAUGGCACCACAAUAAACCUGCCAACAGAGGGCUGCCCACCAAAACUCACGGACCAGGCAAGGAGGGUAUUAAUCAGAGAGGCAACAAAGAGACCAAAGAUAACCCUGAAGGAGCUGCAAAGCUCCACAGCGGAGAUUGGAGUAUCUGUCCAUAGGACCACUUUAAGCCGUACACUCCACAGGGCUGGGCUUUACGGAAGAGUGGCCAGAAAAAAGCCAUUGCUUAAAGAAUAAAUAAGUGAACACGUUUGGUGUUCGCCAAAAGUAAUGUGAAUAGUUAAGUUUAAUGUUUUUUUGUCUUCUUUCAUGUUUGUUUCACAAGAAAAAAAUAUUUUGCAUCUUCAAAGUGGUAGGCAUGUUGUGUAAAUCAAAUGAUACAACCCCCCAAAAAAUCAAUUUUAAUUCCAGGUUGUAAGGCAACAAAAUAGCAAAAAUGCCAAGGGGGUGAAUAAUUUCGCAAGCCAAUGUAAGUAACCACAUUGUGGGCCUGUUACAAUGCAUAAAUCAUGACGGAUUUGACGAAUAUCUACUUUGUUAGAUCAGAUUUGUUGAAUGUGUGCCAAUCUGGUCAAUGGAACAUCUGCGUUUACCACAUCUAUACCAUGCAGAUAAAUGGCUGACCUUUAUCCCAUCUUAAGAAGGUUCAUUUCUAUUCUAGUAUUUUCAUUCCUAGUUCUGUGUUAAAUAGACUUAUUUAGGAAAAGUCAAGGACUGAAGGGGGGCAUGAAAUUGCUGUGCACAAUCUCCAUAGGAAAUGCUGAUGACUGCUGAACUGCUAAAGCUAACGUUGGACUGUUCACAGCUCUUUAUUCCUCAUCCUCUUCUAUAAACCCUAACCUCACCUGGUUCCCCUCCACAGGGCCUGCUCUCUCCUUACUAUGUCACUCGUUACGGCUUCCCAGAGGACUGCAAAGUGGUGGCAUUCACUGGGGACAACCCAGGUAAGAGCUUUGUCAUGCUCUGAUGCUGUCUUUGUCAGGGGCCUCUGUUUUUAUAUUUUCCGUCAUUUGGCCACUGGGUGGCAGUAGCACUGUACUGACUGCAUUGAUCUGCUCCAGUGAUCCUCCUCAGCGCCUCCACUCCUAUCCUACACAUGGAUGUUGUGUAGAUUCUAAUGAGAGUGCAUGGCGGCGGUGGUCACAUGUUCGCCCUCCUCCCAGGCAGCUUGAUAUUAACCCGAAGCAAGCAGCACUGGCUAACAGGGAUAGUUUGGGAUUUUGGCAAUGAAGGCCUUAAUAUACUUCCCCAGAGUCAAAGGAACUCGUGGAUACCAUUUUUUACGUCUCUGCGUUCAUUAUGAAGGAAGUUAGAGGUAGUUAGACAAUGCUAACUAGCUUAGCACAAAGACUGGAAGUCUUUUGGUACAGCUCAUUGCCAAAAUCCCAAACUAUCCCUUUAAGACUAUGGCCAUGGCGCUUGUGCUGUCCGUGUCUGUAGACCAGGGUUCUUCAAUUCCGGUCCUGGAGGGCCGAAACACCUCUGUUUUUCAUCCUCUUCUUCUAAUCAGGGGCUAAUUCAGACCUGGGACACCAGGUGAGGUCAAUUCACUACCAGGUAGAAAUAAAAAACAGAAGUGUUUCGGCCCUCCAGGAUCGGAAUUUAAGAACCCUGCUGUAGGCUAUAGGUGGUGACUCUGCGCUUUUUCAGUUAAAUGCAGCGGCGGCGGCCAGCUGAACGUAAACACCGAGUGACUUUGACACAGGCUUCAGACCGCUCUCCCCUCCGAACUGUCCGCUAGCCCACUCAGCAGUGUCAUCUGCAUAAAAGGGGCUUUACGACCAAUAUAAAGGCGCGCGACGCCCAGACAGCGGUUGUGUGAGGGAGUCUGGCACAGUCGAUUGAGAUUGAGCUCAUUCAGCGCAGCUCGUUUUGAGCAGACAAACAAUAACUAAUGGACUAAUUGAUACCGUUGUGAAAUUGCCUGGAUAUAAUGAAAUAUUAUCCAUGGUGUGAUACAGUAGAUGAAGUGGAGGCAGGAUACAUAAGGAGUUGGUUAUGAAUGCAUAGAUUUAACAGUGAGAUGGCUGUCUUCUAAUUUAUACUAGUUGAUCAUUGUAAUAAUUGAUUAGGCAAGUUGAUCAGGGCUUAUGCUAUGAUUUGAAUAGCCAUGGUGCAUUCAGGAAUUUAAUUCAAAUUAUUUGUCGAUUUUAUAUGUAGAUAAGAGUAUCAUUAAUAGUUAUCAUGUAUGCAAAAAACUCACUUGAAUUCAUUUUCUGAGAUAUGAAGGGACAGAAGUAUUGAGGUCAUCUAGAUGUCCAUGUCUGCUGUGUCUUGCCUAAACAAGCACUCAUAUUUUCAUCCAGAUUUGAGCUGAUUUAGUAGCUCAGGAAGGUAUAUGGAUUGUAUUUAUUCUACACACUAAUACAUAAAGAUGUCGACUUAUCAAUAUAUUUAUACUACUACAUUCCAAUUAAUCAUCGCAGCAAACCAUUUUUUAAGGUCAAUGACAGAUAUGAAAUUCUCAAAAUUAUUCUUAAGCUUCAGACUCGAACGCCGGUGAAGAAUUGGAAUGAGAAUCCAGUCUGAGGGCCAUUUUUCUUGGGACUGUCGUCCUUUCAGGGGCCUGCGUGUGUAUGCGUCCCAGCAUGGGAAAGAUUGAUUUAACACUGUCUGCAAGGUCACCAAGAAAUCCAAUAGACUGAAAUUAAUAAAUCUUUCCACCAGGUCCGCCCUCUGAAGCCCCCAAAAUUAAAACAUGUAAAAGAUCUGCCCAGCAACUCCCAACUCAACAGCACAGAGUUAGGACUUGUUAUGGGCAAUACCUGUAUACUUUGUUAUGGGCCAUACCGGUAUACCUUGUUAUGGGCCAUACCUGUAUACCAUACAGAACAAUGAGAAUAUACAGUAUAUACACCCCAUAGGAUAACCCUUUUUCGUUCCAGGUAGAACUCUUUUGGGUUCCAUGUAGAACCCUCGGUCGAAAGGGUUCUACAUGGAACCCAAAAGGGGAUCUACCUGGAACCAAAAUGGUUCUACAUGGAACCAAAAGGGGUUCUUCAAAGGGUUUUCCUAUGGGGACAGCCGAAGAACCUGUUUUGGUUUCAGAUUGCACCUUUUUUCUAAGAGUGUACCUUGGGUAACCUUAGGUCACAGUCUGUGGAUGAAAUUGAAAUUAAACGUCUCUACAGUACUGUAUGUUCAGUGACUCAAGUAGAUCUGAGAGAGUCUAUGUUGUGUCUUUGUUGUGCAGACACAUCCCAUUUUAAAGGACCAAGGCAAGAGAGAUGAAUGGAACAUGGGCUAAAGGGAACUAGACUUUCUCACUGGCUUUCAAUCUUUAAUUAGUGUGUUUCAGGUCUGAUUGCUGUUUUCAUUUCUUAUUCCAGGGUCCCUGGCUGGGAUGAGGCUACAGGAAGGAGACAUAGCCGUAAGACCUUUCACCUUUCUUUCUGCACAAGCACAAUACAUCAUAUCAUAGCCAAUUAAAGGGCAUAGGGCUCAAAUGUUAUCAAGUUGCAGUUCAGUGCUUAGAGGUUGUACAGAACUUUUUCUUCUGAGGCUACUCAGAAAUUACCUCAUUGGACACAGGGGCACACCUCCCCAGACCCAUGAGCAAGGAUGUUGUGGUUUUAGGAGAUAAGAAAUUGAUUAAUAUUAUUGAGGUGAACAAUUAGCAACUAAACUUCCGUACAGCCUCUUUAGCUGCAGCAGUAGAGUAAUGUGAUGCAGGGAAGCCAUGUUAAGGACCACAUGGAGGUUCAAUGCCAUUAAAUCAUUCAUGCCAAGAGGUCCGCCGUCGUCCGACGAGCAGCAAUAUCAAGUUGUUUUCAUCAUCAAACGGAACACUUGGUGGAAUCAACGCAUUAAAAGCAUUACAGUGCUCACUUUGAACUUUGCCUAAAUGAGGGAUCACACAUUUUUUGAGAUGUGCUUUGACUACCGGCUUCCAAAUCACUUCAGCGACCUUCAACCAAAUAUAAUUAAUUUACUCUAAUCAGAUUUUAUUUUGCAUGUCUUCACUUAAAGACUCAGUGCAGUCAAAAAUGUGAUUUUCCUGUGUUUUAUAUAUAUUUCCACACUAUGAGGUUGGAAUAAUACUGUGAAAUUGUGAAAAUGAUGAUAAUGCCCUUUUAGUGUAAAAGCAGUUUGAAAAGAGCACCUGAAAUUUCAGCCAGUGUGAUGGAGUUUUGGCCUGUCUGGUGACAUCACCAGGUGGUAAAUUAGUUAAUAGACCAAUAAGAAAAAGAGUUCCAAACCUCUAAUAACAGUAACAGCUAGUUUUCAGUUUUUCCCUCCCCACUCAGAUCACUCCCAGACAGUCCUAGCAAAAUUAUUGCUUGAGAAAUUGCUCUUUGCUAAGAAGCUACCCACUGGGCAAAAACUGGUUGAAUCAACGUUGUUUCCACGUCAUUUCAACCAAAAAAUGAAAUGUGAUGAUGUUGAAUCAAUGUGGAAAACUGAUUUGAUUUGAAAAAAGUCCUCAACGUCAUAGCCACGGGAAGUAGGGGUGCUGAGGGUGCUACAGCACCCCCUGAUCAAUCACAAUAAAAAAAAUAUGAAUAAUACAAAUAUUAUUAGGAUUGUUGUUGAAUUUUUUAAACCAAAUUAUUGAACUUGGCCUUUAAAGAUCCACUAUGCAGAAAUCGCUUUGCCAAUUCCUGGUUGCAAUUUUUUUUAUAGUUCGCCUAAUUUCAGUUUGUGACAAAACAAGCAAGUAUAGUGUACAGAAUCAUUGUACCAUCUAAACCGUUGUGAAAUAUAACUUCUAAAAAUACUGUAUUUUCAGCUGUUUGAAACUGGUGUUCAAAACCGAAAGUAAAAGACUUAAGCACAGGAAGCAUAGAAAUAGCGCACAUGGAACUGAUGUACUGCUUCUUAGACUUGCUUUCAAUGAGAAUGACAGAUCUAUAACGCACAUUUCUAUGUGAACUUGGUUGGAUUGGCCAAAAAGUUACAUAUUUCAGCGUUAAUAUUCCUGUAUGAGCAGACAAAGAUACUGGUCAGCAGAGCGGGGAGAAAUGCCUGGCACCUACUACCAUACCCUGUUCAAAGGCACUUAAAUAUUUUGUCUUGCCCAUUCACCCUCUGAAUGGCACACGUACUCAAUCAAUGUCCCAAUUGUCUCGAGGCUUAAAAAUCCUUCCUUAACUGUCUCCUCCCCUUCAUCUACAUUGAUUUGAAGUGGAUUUAACAAGUGACAUCAAAAAGGGAUCAUAGCAUUCACCUGGUCAUUCUAUGUCAUGGAAAGAGCAGGUGUUCCUAAUGUUUUGUACACUCAGUGUAUAUGUUGUAUAAGUGGUUAUAUAAGUUAUUCCUCCUACCGUCUUCCUAUCUUCCUCACUCCCAGGUGAGUCUUGGCACUAGCGACACAGUCUUCCUGUGGAUCAAAGAGCCGAGACCCACAGUGGAAGGACACAUCUUCUGCAACCCAGUGGACUGCCACUCCUAUAUGGCUUUGAUAUGGUAAAUACUUCCCACACUACCCCCACAUCUUCAGAAACAAAGUAGUUCCCCCGCAGUUCACAAUAGAAUGGUAUAUAUUUAACAUAUGGCGUAGAAGCGCCACAUUCCGUCACAAUAGAUCUAGAGCCAAUACGCUCUGAGAACUUACAUAAGCAGACACGGUAUGGCUUUGCAGAAACAGACCGUGGAUGUUGCAGUAGGUCUAUAGACUAGGGUUUAGACUAAGCCUAUAGACUCAGUUUUCUUAGUGAAGUAUACUUUAUUGAAAAACGUAGCUCUUUCUCUGAGUCAUUCAGGUACAUGGUACAUGACAAAGAUUGUUUCCACUGUACUACAACUGAUCUGGUGAUAAAAGCAUCUUCUAAAUGGCAUAGAUGUACUGAAUGUAGUGAACAAGGUUAUUAUAGUAAACUACAAUUUGAAAAACUAAAACUAUACUGAAACUAUUAUCUAAAAUAAAACAAAAAACAAAAACCAUCAUGAAUUAUGUUCAGUUUGACAUUUUUGGCAUGCAAAAAUCAAAUGGGCUUUUCAAUGGGCUUUUCAAACUUCUGAGAUUGACUUUUCAUUUAAAGGUAGACUCAGUGAGAUGACAUGUUUGAGUGGUAAGGCUAAAGCAACCGACUGUAGACGAAAGGCGAGGAGGAAGGUCGGGGGACAGCUGAAAGUCAGACACUACUGUGGUUUUCCAACAGCAAGGCUCAGAUGAACAUGGCAUAUCACACACUCACAAACUGAAAUCAUAAUAUAAUAUUAUGUGUGUACAUUGUACAAUCAAUUAGUAAGAGAUCCUCAAAUAUCAAAUGUAUUUGUAUAUAUCCACUGUACACAUAAAUCACGGCAAACAAAAACACCCUAAUGACUGGUUGACCAUCGAGCCUCACAAUGCAGGUGAUGGCUGCAGGAUGAAGUUGGUUUGCAGAAACUUCAUUUUUGUAAAAAAAAACAUGUAGUCAACAUGUAGGUGCAAGUCAGACAAUUUUUAUCCCCAGAAUGCAACGCACUUUGAAAGCAAGACUUUGGUCUCACACAGUCACACAGAGUGUCUGCACAUGUGCACUUCACUCCGCUUCAACGUGGUAGCUACGGGACCAAAACAGCAGAGACGUUUAGCCUCACGCUUCAACACUCCUGAUUGCUGCGGAAAUUUACCCACUAUUACAGUUUACUUCGUGCAUCUACGUCAUCUCUCUGAGUCUACCUUUAAAGCUAACCUAACCUAUGAUCUGACCCAUCACCUUUACUACCCCACAGUGGCAAGAAGUGACAUCCCAAAAACACAACAACUAUACAACACAUAAAUGUCUCCUAGCCUCCCACGCUUCUUUCUGUCCGUAACACUAAACUAAAACUGAAAUGAAAUAAUAUAAAAAUACUUAAACUAAAUAAAAACUAGUAAAGUGGAUCUGAAAACGAAAUCAUAAAAUCACAAAAUGAAUAGAAAAAAAAAAGUAUAUAAAAACACGAAACUGUAAUUACCUUGGUACCUAAUGCUUACGAUCGAUAUGUGGCAUUGACAUUUAAUUGAAUUCCUUGAGACUUUGUUGAACUAUAACUGCGUCACAUACAGUCCUGCACAAACUUGCCACUUGUCAUUGUGCCACUGGUAACCUUGCACAAGCACACACACAGACAGACACACACACACACACACACACACACACCAAGUGACAUUGACAACUUUUACUAAUCAUUAUCUUCUGUCUGUAUGAAUCCUGUUCCAUAAUGGUUUAAUCUAUGGUAAAAUAGAGUAUUAUAAAAUAAGUGGUUUUAAUCAUAAUAGCUGAUACACAAAGGAGAUUAAAAUUGGGACGGACGCUCAGGCUUUUACUGUAGAUGGCUUGCUUUGAAUUCAAUUAUACUAAAUGGUGGUAUGUCAGCCCAGGUAAAUGUGUGUGCGUGCGUGUGUGUAUAUGUGUACGUGUGCCUCCUGCCAGCUAUAAGAAUGGCUCCCUGACCAGAGAGAGGAUCAGAAACAAGUGUGCUGGAGGGUCAUGGGAAGUCUUCUCUUCGGUCCUGAGGUCUACACCAAUAGGGAACGAUGGGAACAUAGGUGAUGAUGUCAAACAUGCUGUAUCUAUUGACAGAUUUGUUUUAGUCAUUAAGUUGGAUUGAUUUAGACUGUAGGCCGCAGAUUUAUUCAGAUAAAGGCAUGGCUUUCAGAUAACUGCUUGAUUUUUUUGAUGUGACUGUUCUCAAUGGGCUGGCAUCUAACAUGUUCUCUCCCAGGGAUUUAUUUUGAUACCAUGGAAAUCACGCCGUCUGCAGUUGGAGUUCACAGAUUUGACAAAGAAAAUACAAAGGUCAGUGACUCACUGAAGGAAGUGAAAUUAUGGAUGGGAUUCUAUUUGCAUUUCAAACGAAAAACUGGAAAUGGUAGUUCUCUGUGUUGUUUCCAUCUAAAUGAAAAGAUGUACGAGCGCAUAAGUAAUUCAUAAGUAAUAGAGUAAUGCAUGUCAUUGUUUAUUGACCGAUGUUUUAUAAUGUUUUAUUGACCAAUUAAUGGUUUCAAAACAGCAACGAAGUAACUGGAGCCGUUGUCAGAGACACACAAUGAUAAGUCACGCGAGGCUACAGUAGCUCUGUCAACCGCUUUUCCUUAUCCUUGUGAACUCCUUCAACGGGGCGGUGAAGCUGGAGGAUUACGAGACGUCACACAGGGUGAUGUGAGGAGAGAGGUCAGACGGGGUGGGGACUUAGCCCGGUGGGAAUGAGGCUCUCCACUCCCCCAGUCAAAGAAAGUUCUGUAAGGGCAGGAAUCUCCCCUCUACUCCCGUUGCCGGCGUUCCCAAAGCCUCUCUUUGUGUUCCCAUUCCCUGUCGUCCCGCUCAGGUAGCCGGUUUCUCCGCCCAGGGGGAAAUCCGAGCCCUGGUUGAGGGACAGUUCCUGGCAAAGAGGGUCCACGCCGAAAAGCUGGGUUAUAAGAUCAGUGAGUGGGUGCCAUUUCUUUCUCCUCUUUCUCGCACUCUUUUUUGCUUCCCUCCCAACUCAUUAUUGUACCUUGACUUUCUCUCUCUCUUUUCUUAUCUUCUACUCGCUCUUUCUUUUUUUACUCUUUCUUUCCCUGGCAUUUCCUUAAUCUAUCUUCUCUUCAUCUCUCUCUCUCUCUAACUCACACUCUCUCUCACACUCUCUCUCACACACACACACACACACACCUAUAUCUGUCCCUCUCUCUCCACAGUGGUCAGUAUCAGCAGUCUAUUAGCAUAGUGUCUGGAUGCAGUUUCACUCAAACACCCCCGGAAGGGAACAGAAUGCCUCAAAGAUAUGGAAGCAUGAGGACUGAAUAGCCUGCCCCUCGCACUCACUUAUCACAGCUAUUUGGAAGACUCAAUUUUGGCUCUAUAUUGGUCCAGAAUAUUAGUGAUUAAUCAAAGGCUGUGAUUUUGCCUUGAGGACCUCGUAUCGAGCGGCAGAUAGUUUUUUUUAUUCCCCCGUAGAAGUCCAUUAUUGCAGUCAAAUUUGCUGAAGGAGAAAAAUAACAGUAUAAUAUUGUGAUCCGUGAUGAUAUUGCUACUAACUGCUACUGUAUGGAUCUUGACAGUUGACGCUAGUUCAAUUAAAGCACCAUUGACUACUGCCAAGGCUGAGUAUUUUAAAUUGGUCCAUGAGGGAUCUGUUUGUCUGCUGUCUUCAUACAUAGCGAGCAGUUUGGUCCAUCUGUCAUCAUUGGACAUGUUAUAGCCUAUGUACUGUAUAUGUAAUGUAGUCUAAUGCGUUUCCAUGUUCCUGAGUCACUCUGAAUGCAUAGCAAUGACAAGUCAGGAUUGGUUGAAUGCUGGUUGUACGGAGUCAUCUGAAACACUGAAUCACUCUGGGCCACAUUGCUAUGUCUCAAUGCAGCCUUUCAAUUCAAAACCAUUGCAAAAUGAAAUGCUCAAAUGUAGCCUUUUCCCAGAGAGUUUCAAGAGCCGGGGUCUACCGGGUUAG